UACUAAUAAUUUUGAGAUGAUAAUUCCAAUCGUGUGGCGUCGUUCCACUAUCAUCGUCGCAAUACUAGAUGAAAUGUAUUUUACAUUGCAAAUACGCAUUCUGCCCUUUCUUCUGCCUUCUUCUUCUCAUUGAGUUAAUUGGGGAAAAAACACAAUGAGUUAACAUGUAGUAUUAUAAUAACAAGCGUAAUUACGUUUUAAUUUUCUAAUAAUUACGUUCUUCUUCUCGUGUAUUAAUUAUUAAUCAUGAGACAAUGAUAAGAUGAUGACAAUGAUUUUAAUUAAAAAAAUAAUUUAAUACCGCCGUCGUCGAUGAAAGUCUUCGUAACAUCUAUCUACUUUUAUCCUUUAAAAUGAUUCGAUACACAUUUUAGUUGUAGAUAAUAUACCAUUAUUAUUCUGAAAGUAUAACGUACCUUAACUGCUCUUACACUAAAUACAGUAUAAAGAUCGUUUCAUUACUUCACGAAUCAUUUCGCUUUAGUGUGGAGAUGCCUUAUCGUCAAGGAGAAAUUUAUUGCGAGAAAUGUUCACCAUAAUUUGUCCCCCAAAUCACUUUUACAUGUUAGCUAGCGACGAUCCAUUUUUGGCGUAUGAUCGGUUACCUUAGCGCCGUUCAAUUCCCAAACAAUUUGUGACAGAUUUGGGUAUUUAUCGUUGGACUGCGUGUGGCUCCUGGUAAGAGGACUGUGACGAACGAAUGACGCGGCACACACCUCAGCCAUUUGCAAUUGUAUGGGUAUUUGAACAAUUUGGUCCAGCAGUGUACCGUCCCUGCUAUUUCUUAUAAAAAAUCCAAGUCCUUGCCGGACGAUUCUCCGAUAUAUCACUAUCCAAUACCUUGAGACAAAUGGUUUCAUCUUUGCGCUACGCAAUCACAGCGAUGUGAUUCUUCUUGUCGACGAUCUUCUUGUCAAAUGUCAAUGAAUAAUAAGUUUUCCACUGUUAGAUCCCAUCUUUCCCCUUGAAUUUCGACGUGAAAAAUCAUUUACAUAUCUUGUUUUUCACAUAUACGUAUGUACAUCGCUGUUCCCAUCUUUUCAUAAAUCUCUGUUCACAAUAGUCCUUUCAGGUUCAAACAUAAGACUAAACGUCUGGCUAAACUCGAAAUAUCCGUAUAUGUGAUACAUAAAUAACGGCGUAAGAGAGUCUGUCAGUCUUGGAAGAAACGCGUAUCGCUAAAGAUCCUAUAAAUUAUCACGUUCUCUACCUUUCCAGUUAUUUCAUAAGUAUCGCCUUUUGUAAGUGGCGCGAGUAAACUCUCCUAUAACUAACUGAAUAUCUAACUUAUCGUAUCCAGAAGUAUGUGAUUUCCUACCAGUUCCAGACCGUUUUAUUACACGUCAUAUCCACGAACGCUAACUCUGUUGCGUGAGAUCGCCUCCCCCUGCACCUGUUUGCCCCUUACCGCAACCGGCCUCCAUGUAUAAUGCAAACAAUAAUUGUCAUCGUUGAAUCAACCAGCAGUGCAAGAAACCAGCAACGAAAUCAACAACCUUGUCCGCAAGUAUAACGCCGAAUAUGAUUUAUUAAACUGUUCGUGUGUACAAGAUAAUUUCAUACGGAUUCAAAGGUGCACAAACGGCCAGUUGUUUUCGACGCGACGUAGCAAUGUUUUGAACUGAACGAAUAUCCUUCCGUUGAAUUUUAUUAAACUCUAUUUCGUUCGUAUAAGGUACGCAGUCUCUUGAAAUUAUGCCGAAACGAACAACGCCGGAGAAAGCGAUCGACAUCGUUUGGUUUAGCGUAGCUUUGUCUUUCUGUUGGCCGCUUCCUAUCAAUAGCAGCGGAACGCGGACUUUGGUUCACAAAAUUUUACAGAUCAGUAGCGUUAUUAGCGCUUGCAUGCUGCUCCCGCCGCUGCUAUAUUCGAUUUAUCUGCAUCUAGACGAUAUAAUCAUUGUUUCUGAAUGUAUCUGUCUGUUUAUGAUUGUAAGUCAAAUUGUGGUUCAGACUGUUAUAUGUUUCAUCAAUCACGAUUCCCUGCAACACGUAGUCGAGGAAAUGAUAAUCUGCGUUAAACAAGCGCGAGAAUACGAAAUGGAAAUUUUUUCCAAGCAUAUCGCGCGAUGCAGCGUCUUUUAUGCAAGUUCUAUGGUAUGUAUUUACUUGACCGCGACUGCCUUUUCGAUAGGACCUGCAGCCUUGCCGCUAUCCUUCCCAAGCGAAGCGGAAUAUCCAUUUCGCGUUAAUUAUACGCCAGUGUACGUUAUCAUCUACACGCAACAGUCUAUCCUCAGCUAUCAAUGCGCAGCACAUAUAUGCUUAAGCAUGUUUGGGUCGCUUCUGCUUUGGUUUACCGCCGCGAGAUUCCAGUGUUUGGCCAUGGAAUUAAAAAAGACGUCAGACGUUAGUACGCUGAUCGUUUGCGUUGAGAAACAAUUACAUUUGAGAAGAUACGCAAAAGAAGUGGUGGAUAAUCUUCGUUUCAUAGUGCUUUACGCUAUAGCAGUAAGCACGUCUGCUCUAACUUUAUGUGGCAUUAUAUUGCUCGUGGAUGUACCGCCAAUGGUAAAAAUACAGUUCGUAACUCUAUGCCUCACUGUACUUACGGAGAUUUAUGUAUACGCGUGGUCGGCCGAUUACAUGAAAGAUAUGAGCAUAAAUGUUUCACGAAGCGCAUAUGACACGAUAUGGUAUAAACAGACGUUGGAAGUGCAAAAAAAUUUGUCGAUCGUGCUGGUAUAUCAAGAGCCAGUAACUCUCUCUGUCAGUUGCAUAAUACCAGAACUUUCUUUGCGUUAUUAUUGUUCGUAUCUGUCCAAUACUUUCUCCAUCUUCACUGCUUUGCGUGUGGUGAUCGAAGAUAAUGCAGAAUAA